CAGCGCCAUCGCAAGCUCCAACUGCAAAUACCUCAACGACCGCAGCGGUUGCGUAGUAUACAAUGUUACAGGCUGCUGAGAAUACAGCAGUUGCCUCAACAAUGUUUGCUUAUCACCAUCAACAACAACAGCAGCAACAGCACCACCAUCAUCAACAGACACAACAGCAUCAGCCACCACCACCACACCAUAAUCUAGCGCAACAUACUCCUCAUAUGUGGUCACAACCUUUACCCCCACUUUCUCUUCCACCACCACCUCUUAAUGUCAGCACACCCACUAAUACAACCAGUCUAAUGGAAAUGCAUUUCAAUAAUAGCAGCCAAGAUGAAGCGCCAGCAACAUUUCAUCCGCCAUCACCUCAACAACAGCCGACACAACAACAUUUUCCCAAUAUUACAGCCAGAUCAAUAAUGCCAACACAAGCACAACCUCCUUAUAGCAGUCAACCGCAACACCUUCACCAUCAUCAUGCUCAUUUACAGCUGCAACAGCAGCAUUUGCAUGCUGUCCAUCACCAUCAUCUACCGAAUCCUCAAACUCAGCCACAACAACAGCAGUCACCAACCCAGCCACCCCAGCAACAACAACAACCACAACAUCAACAUGACUCAAGAGAUCAGGUUAAAUUUUAAUUUUUAAAAUAUUAAUUAUUUCUUCGUUUAAUUUAAAAAAACAAAAACAAUGAUUUUGUCUUUCUUGUCUUGUCUUUCUUUUUUUUCAUCGUUUUUUUAUUAAGAAAAGUUUGAAUAUUUCAGACGAUAUAAUUAUUUUUGCACAUUUUUUUUUUGUUUGUUAGUUAUUAUUAUUUUAUUUUUUUUUAUAAUAAAUUGAUAUUUUUGUUUAUCAACGUUUGAAUGAAAUAAUAAAAGAAGAUGAAGAACAACAAAAGAAUUAAAAAAAAACAUAGACAACGUUAUAUACAAAAGAGAAUAGUUGGAUUAAACACAUUUCUUAAGAGAAUGUGUUGCUAGACAAUUGGAAUUGUUUAUAAAUUUUUUAUUGAAACAUUUGUACAAUUCACAACAGCCAGCCAAUUGUAUUUUCAUAUGUUAAAAAAGCCAUGCAUUCAAAAAGAAGAAGAAAAAACAUCUUCGAAAUUUAUAUAAAAUUAAAUUAAAAAAAAAAAAAAACUAAAUUAAUUAUAGCUCUAAUAUUAAUUAUUUUUCAUUUUAUUUCACUUUAAAACACGGUUUGUUUACUUUAUAAAAUAAUUCUUCUUCUAUUUUGUCUAUUAACAAAUUGAGCAUUCACCUGAGAAUGAUAGUUUGACAUUGAAAAUAAACUUAAGAAAAACAAACGUAAACAUAUAGGCGUGAGCUUUUUAAUGAAAACUGCCAAUAAAAUGUUUACAAUUCUAUAAAAUUAUGCGAAAAUACAUGAAAUAAGUUGGGACAAGAGAGUUGUGAAUUGGUCAAUUAUACAUUAUUAGAAUUUUAGUAUUAAUUUGUGGAAAAAGUAUUUGUUUUCUUUAUAAAUAGAAGGGAAUUUUAAGGAAUAAAUCAUGUUAAAUUAUUUGUCAUUUUGUUUACCUUUUUUCAUUCGUUAUAUAGAUUAAUUAGUUGUUGGGAAUUAUGUUAAAAAAUUCAUAACAUAUUUCAUAAUUAGAAGAAUUUAUAUUUUAUAAUUUCUUUGGCAACAUUAUCAUGUUUAUAAACAAGAAUUCGGUUUUGAUUUUCUUUAUGCCACCAAUUUCCAUCAUUUACAAGCCCUUAAUAGCAGUAGUGUAGCAUGACAAAGUUUAGCAGCCAAUGACGGCAGCGGGAACGGCACCAACUACGGCUGAACACUUGAAGAGUAAUAUUUUAAGUUCAAAGACCAAUUCUACAUUGGCCAACAGCAAUAGUAGUACCUCUAGCAACUUUUUAAUGAAAUAUUUGUUGAAUUCCUAAAGCAAAAGAUUUCAUGGAAUUCUAAAAGCACUAUAUGGCUUAAAAACAUGAUUUUUUGGGAAACUUCCUAUAAUUUUAACAAAAGUUUUUCAAUAUUAUCUUUAGCAACAUUGUUCUGCUACAAAUUGUUCCCAUUUUUUUCUUUUAAAAAGAACAAUAUUCAGUUGUAAGUCUCCUUUAGCAACAUAAUGUUGCUUUAAAAUUACUUUAAGAUUAAACUUCAAUUGUAAAUUUUGCUAAAAUCUCAAGUCACUUCUGCAACACGGUCCUGUGCCAAUAUUUUGUUUAUAAACAUGUUGUUAUCAGUUUGUAAACUUAUCAAAUGUUUGUUUAGAUAUUUCCUUUUGCAAAUUUUACCAAAAUUUUGCUUAUAAACUUCAUUGUUUUCUUCAAAAGGAAAGUUUUUAAGAAAAUCUUUAGCAAUAUAUCUCGUAUAAGCAUGACAUUUAAGAAAUUCUCCAGCUUAAACAAAAGUUGUUAAACAUUUUCCUACGCAAAAUUUUACUUUGUUAACAUUUUCUAAAGAAUAGAAAAGAUCUAUUUUUGUGUUUAUAAACAUGACAUUUUAUGCUCUGGUUGUCUUUAAACAAUAUUUGGUUAUAAUUUAAACAAAAGUUUAUAAACAUUUUCUUUAGCAACUUUAUCCUGCUUCAAAAUAUAAUGUUUAUAAACAAGUUACUUUAAAAUCUUUUGGUUUUUGAAAAAGAGCAAACUUUAAGUAUAAAUUUAGCAAAUAUCUGGAGACAUUUUCUUCUACAUUUUUUUCCUCUGGUCCAAUAAUAUGUUUAUAUACAUUAUUGUUUAAACUCUACUUCUCUUCAGAAAGUAUGUAACAAGUUUUAGUGGCACAUCAAACAAAAGUUUUAAAAUAAUUUAUCUAGUAACAUUUCCCUUUGCCUAAUGGAAGUCUUUAAACAUUUUCCUUUGCCUGAAUAAUGUUUAUAAACAUGUCAUGUUGCUCUUAAAAGAGAAAAAUGUAAAUUUCAGUUAAGAUUUUUCUUAAACAACACUUUUUGCUCAAAAUUUUGUCAAAAACUGGACUUUUUGUUAAAUUUUUUUCUCCUUGGAACAAUAAGAUCAUAUUUUCAAACAAUGUUUAUAGACAUUUUCGUUCUUUUAACAAUAUUAGUAUUAAGUUUAUAAACAUUUCAAUAUAAAUUCUCUUCGUUUUUAUCAAAGAAAACAUUUUCUGUAGCAAAAUCCUAUUUACAAAUAUUUCUUUAAAAGUUUUUUAUUUAUUCUUUAGGUGUUAAUAAAAAAGUUUAUAAACAUUUUCUUUAGCAACUUGUUCUCUUUUUGUGUUUAGAAACAUGUCAUUAAAAACUCUUUCAAAAGCCUGAUAAUUAUUUGUAAAUAAUGAAAACACAACUUAAUAUGAACAAAUUCCAACAGCAUAAAAAAAAUAUUAAUUAAAUACUAUUACUAACAAUGCAACGAAUUUAUUUCCAAGUUGCUGCAACAUUAUUUAGAAAAGAAAACUCUAUAAAUAUAGGAUUACUUACAUAAACAUGGAUAAAUUGACAAGUAUAAGACAGACAACAAGAACAAACAUUAAACACAAUAGGAAUUAUUUUUUCUAAAUUAAAACAAAUACAAAAAUUUAAACAAUUUAUAUAGAUAUUACUUAAAAAAAAACAAACCAAGCUAAAGCAAGAGUAAGAGAAAGAAACGAAAUUAAAUAUAAAAUAAUAAUUAAACAAGAAAUAACUGAAUAACUGAUUAUAAAGAAACCCUAUAUUAUGAAAAAAGGUUUAAAUACUUAAAUUGCACAUAAAAACAAAAAUACAACAAAUUAUAAAACUUUGUAUAGAGAUUUUUUCCCCUUUAAGCGUAAAGCAUUAAAUAAUAUAAUAAAAAAAAUAACUAAAUGUAAAGGUUUAUAAUUAAAAUAAAUAUAUUAAAUUUAAAUAAAUAAUAAAUUAUAUAUAUUUAAUACAAUAAAUAAAAGAAGAAGAAAAAAAACAUACGCGCAACUUGCAAGAUAUUCCUAAAUAACUGAGAGAAAACAAUAUAAACAAAAAAACAAUUUUAAAUUAUAUAAAAAAACGGCUUUUUCUGUUAGAUUUAAAAAUAAAACUUACUCUUAAUUUAUAUAAAAAUUAAUAGAAAA